AUCAAAGAGUGCAAAUUCUGUGUUCUUUCUGACACGCAUAGCUAUUUAUAAAAGUACAUAAAAGUGCGCUAUAGCAGCACGCGAGUUCGGAAAUUAUUUCAUUUUUAGUAUCGGUCAAGUUCGUUUCGUUGAGUCGAAAGAACAGCAGACGGUCACCGUGCGUGGUUUUAAAUAUCACAGCGAAUAAGACGCUUGCUGUUGCAAUUAAUUAAAAUCCCUGCUAGUUAUCAGAUAGUCACAUAAUCCUGGCUAUAUCCUCGAAUAACGCUAAUACGAUGCAACGUUUGCAUUGAUCAUCGGCAUUUUGUCCCGAAGGUCAAUGUGUUUCUAUGAUGAGGGAGAAGGAAAUGCUCGAGAACCACGAGCUGGUUCGCUGGACUCGACUCAGCACCUUCGCAGCUCACCUGCGCUGAAACCUGAUGCUGACGAUAAAAAUGAGAACAGGUUACGCGGCGUCAGCUUGAGCUCCAAUGGUUGCGCUAUACCUUCAGCCAGCCUACAAAGCUACUCCAAAGAAGAGACAAAAUUUUCUGCUACUGUUCGUGUCUCGCGAAUUAAUAUCUAUUCACGACUGUCAUCGGCAAUGAUUCAUUUUAUGCGACUCCGAGUUUCGUUUCGUACGCAGUCUACGUAAAAUUACAAUAUAGAUAGAAGGUCAUUCGUUGUACGACUUUUUUUUAAACCCCAACAUUGAAUUUAAUAUUCCAAAAGUAAAUUCUUAUAAAACGUGUAUUUUACGUGUAGGAGUCGCAAGAAUGGAUAAUCGAUAAAGUUGAGUGCUAGUAGAGUGCUAAAUAUAUAUACUUUUAUCAUUUAUUUUAUUAAGUUUAUUUAUAGAUCUCUUUCCUCAAACUCAUUAUUUAUUAUGUCGCGAAUAGAAAUGUUUAUGAACGAAACUUUCUUAUGUUUGUUUCGAAUAAGGUAGAAUUACAGUUUUCUUUUUCCGUAACAUGUGUUACAACGCGAUCGAUCUAUAUUAUACCAUUUUGAAGUUAUUACGUUUUGACGUUUUGAAGUUAUUAGAAAGAUUGUGAAAGUAUUUUAAUGAAUAUGAAACGUUAUUUUCUUUGCAUAACGAUAAAUUGCUUUAUUAGCAACUCGAACACUUUGCCACGCCCUCGGUGUGCAGCGUCACGCAGUCUGCUGAACAAUUGUACUUACUUACUCCAUAUCACACGCCGCCGUACGUAAUGUCCAUUAGAGCGUCUACGCGUUGCAUAUAUGCAAGUAGGCGUCCAACUCAGUAUCGUAUUAUUUCAAGAAAAAGAGAACAUCUCCGGGUCAAAAGGAUCAAAAUUAUACGUGUCGUAUAUUAAGUAAAAUAUCGUUUUCCGUACAAACGGCUUUAAGCAAAAUUAGCUCAUGAUAAUUACAACGUUAAAAGCACACAUAGAUUAGUAUACGUACUAUUAUUCGCGCGCGUGUAAAUGUUUUUAUGAACGUAAAUAGACGUUAGAAAUGAUUAUCUUUAUAAAGACAAAUAGUCGUUAGAUAGUGAAUUACACGUAUUACGUGCGAAAAGCUUAUCGUGUAAAACUAAUUGUUUUGACGUUUAAAAAUUUUCAGGUUACGAGUGUGCUUGUAUUAGUACGUUCGUGACAAGUGUCUGUAGGGUCUUUGUCGCGUAAGUACAUACUAUUGCGUGCAGGAUAGGUAUCGAAGAAUCGUCGAAGGCCGAAGAAGGGACCAAAGAAUGGUCGGAAAGGAUAGGAGCAGCAGCAGCAACAGCAGCAGCAGCAGCAGUAGGGCAGAGGGGAGAAUGGUUGACUGCUAGAGAAAGAUGGUGGGGAUCGCGGGAGAAGAAGUGGGGUACAGCGGGAAAUAGAGUCGGUAGUGGCGGCAGUUGCGUCUCGAGCAGCGCGCGUAUUGUUUCGUUCCGUCCUAUUCGUGUACCCUCUCGUGAUAGCUACCGAAGCUUUUACGUGCCGAUCAAAUUCGUUUCUUUUUUUUUUCGUUUUGUGCUGCGUCUCCCGCCCACACGGCAUCGCCAGGGAAUUUAUAAUUACGUGGGACGUCCUAUUAAAAAGGACAGUGAGUUCGGUGAUGUUUUUUCAGUGUUAUUUUUCUGUGUUUAACGUUCGUUUAUGGUAGGGAAAUAGUUUCAUCUCGCGUAGGUUUUACCACGAAGAUUUUUCACUAAACACCCAUUGGGAUUUUUUGUGAGUUACUUCUACGCGCCGAGGGUUGUCCCAUACUGGCAGAAUACACUUUGUACCGAUCCAGACAAUAUUUCUGGAAUGACGAUCGGAGCGGCGAUGACGAGGAUUGAAAGUUACCGUUGACUCAUAGGAUACCCUGCAGGGCCACUCGCUACCAAAAUGAGCACAUCCCUGCGAAUUUUGGCACUGAUCAGCUUAGUUGCGCAGAACGUGGCUUGGCCGCAAGAUCCUGUUCCUAGGCUGCAUGUCAAACAUCGCGAGGUGAUUGGCCAGCGGUUCCUGGGAAACGAGAGCCACGUGGAGCACUUCAAGCUCCUAGAGCGCGCGACCACUUCUAUCCUGAUUGGCGCCAGGAACGCCAUUUACAACAUAAGCCUGCACGACCUAACGGAGAUCGUCGAUCAGAGGUUGCAGUGGUCCAGCAGCGGGGCACAUCGUGAACUUUGUUAUCUGAAGGGACGUAGCGAGGACCAGUGUCAGAAUUAUGUACGAGUAUUCGGUAGACAAGGGCCUGAUCGAUUUCUUGUUUGUGGAACGAACGCAUACAAGCCGCUCUGCAGGCAAUUCACCAUCAAGGAUGGAGCGUACGCGCAGGAAAGCGAUAUGGAUGGGCUGGGACUGUGCCCUUACGAUCCACGGCACAACAGCACUGCGGUGUUCGUCGAGGGGCAGCUGUACGCAGCGACAGUGGCCGACUUCUCCGGUGGCGAGCCGCUGAUUCACAGGGAGAAGAUCCGCACCGAACGUUCCGAUCUCAACCAGCUGAACGGACCGAACUUUGUCAGCUCGUUUGCGUACGAAGAUUACGUCUUCUUCUUUUACCGAGAAACAGCCGUCGAGUACAUGAAUUGUGGCAAGGCAGUGUACUCGCGGGUCGGUAGAGUGUGCCAGCACGACAAGGGCGGACCUCAUGCGUUCAGCGACAGAUGGACGAGCUUCCUGAAAGCGAGGCUCAACUGUUCCGUGCCCGGCGAAUACCCUUUCUAUUUCAAUGAAAUACAGUCAACGAGCGACGUCACGGAAGGAGUUUACGCCGGCGAGCGUGCCCGUUUGGUUUAUGGGGUGUUCACAACCCCCGUGAAUUCGAUCGGCGGUUCGGCCGUCUGCGCUUUCUCCAUGAAGAACGUCCUCGAAGUCUUCCAGGGUGCGUUCAAGGAACAAGAAACCAUAAACAGCAACUGGUUGCGAGUACUUCCGGAAAAGGUGCCCGAGCCUAGACCCGGUGCAUGCGUAAACGACUCCAGGACACUUCCAGACGUGACCGUAAAUUUCGUCAAAGCGCACCCCCUCAUGGACGAUGCGGUCCAAUCCUUCUUUGCAUUACCUGUGAUAACUAAAGUCAGCUUCAAUUACAGAUUUACCAAAGUCGCCGUGGAUCCUCAAGUGAAGGCGUUGGAUGGCAAAGCCUACGAUAUCCUGUACGUCGGAACAGACGACGGCCGAGUUCUCAAAGCGCUCAAUACUCGAGCGCCGGAUUCUCUGAACAACGUUAGCCAGGUCAUCGUCAGCGAUGUUCAAGUACUCAAGUACGGACAAGCGAUCAAGGAUCUGUUGGUGGUCCACCUGGCCGGCGAGGCGAGCAAGUUGGUCGUGUUUGCUGACUCCGAAAUUCGUGCGGUACCACUGCAUCAUUGCGACGCGGCAGCGGCGGUCACCUGCGCGUCUUGCGUUGCACUUCAGGAUCCACAUUGUGCUUGGGACGCUACGAAGAAUCUGUGUGUGGCCGUGUCGACUAAGCUACACGACAGCGAUGCUGACAAAACCCUCUUCCAGGACAUUAUGAACGGCAGACACAAGGGCUGCGGCUACGAGCAAGAGAUGGUGAAGCCCGUGCAACCAGCGAUUCUGCCCGAAAACGGGCGAGGCGAGCAGCCCGAUGAACGGGACAAUGAAAUCGUCAUCGAGCUGGAUCGAGAAAAUCAGUACGGUCGUACGCAGCCACGAGCUAACGAGCCUCAAGACGUGAUCGCAACACCGGUGGUGUACUCCGCUCAGACUCUGACCGGUGCCCUGAUAGGAACCUGCUUCUUCUCGCUGGUAGCCGGAUUCGCUUCCGGUUUCUGGUUCUCUCAGAGGCUACGCAGUGCCCCUUACCCGGAACCGUCGGAGCAACGACAACAACUGAACCGAUUGACGGAAAGUUCGGAAUCUCCGGGUUUCAACAACAAGUCGAUCAACUUGGUGCUGAACGUACCACCCAAGAAUCCAAAUGGCAAGAACGCCAACUCGUCGGCGGAGAACAAGCCGGUGCAGAAAGUGAAGAAGACGUACAUAUGAUAUAGAAGACGACACAGGGCCGUCUGAGGCUUG